AUGAUUCAAUUAUCCAUAGAACAAACUCGUUCAAUGGCUUGUCGUGAUCAAAUACAAAAUCUUCAACAUCACAUACAUGAACUUGAGUUAAUAAAACGUUAUACACAUCAUAUACUCAAGUCCGAAGAACAUAUGAAUUAUGCAUUAGCACGUAAACAAUUUAUGUUAAAACAUAAUCGAUUAAAAUUUGAUAAUCGUAUUUAUAAUUUAACUAAACAAUUAACUGACAUAAUUAAACAAAAUAAAAAAAAUGAACACAUUAUUACAAUCAACAAUGUUCAUCUUAAAGAUCAACAAGAUAAAUUUACAACAAUGAAAAUAAGUUUAAAAAAGAUGAUUCAUUUAAAUAAUAAUUUAGAAAAAAUUUUACAAGAAAACCGAUUUAUUCGAAUAAAUGAACAAGAAAAACUUCGUUCAAUAAAACAAAUUUCAUUUCAAAAACGAAAACAACUUAUUACAUAUACGAAACGUCUGCAUAUAUUAUCUAUUAAUGAACAUCAUUUAAUAGAUAAAACAAUUCGAAAUUCUUUUGAAAUUAUUCGAUUAAAGAAUAUUUUUCAUAAUUUGAAUAAUAAUGAAAAAUAUUUUCAAUCGAUUUUACAAAAGAAAAAAACUGAAAUAAUGAAACGUGAAAAACAACGUGCUUCACUUAGUCGUUGUCUUCGUGAUAAUAAUGAUAAAAUACAUUUUUUAAAUAAAAAAAAUCAAUUAAUUGAAAAUGAACUUGAAAGUAAAAUUGAUCAUUUUCAUUUACUUUAUAAUAAAUCAUUAAAACAAAAACAUGAUCAAAUUCUUAUAUCAAAUCGAAAACAAUAUUCAAUUUAUUUAUAUCAACAAAAAUUACAAAUGCUAGAUGGUAUAUAUAAAAAAUAUGAUCAAUUAGAAUCACUAUCUGAUUAUGAAAUAAAGCAUAUUAUUAAUAAAUAUCAAGAAAAUCAACAAUUUAAAUUAAAUAUUCAUAAACUUAAACAACAAAUAAUGAAUAUGAUGAGUAAAAGCAAACGUCAUAUAGAUGAAUAUUUAUUAUUAAAUGAAAAAAUUCGUUUAUAUACACAAUUAAAUGAUAUUUAUAAUCAGCAUCAACAACGAUAUUCAUUUCAUAUACAUUAUUUAUCUCGUCGUAUUUUAAAUUUACAACAAGAAAAUAAUCAAUUAUUGAUUAAUCUUCAAAAUUUACAAAAAAAAGCAAUGAUUACUACAUCAUAUCAACAUAACAAAGUCUUAAAACAAAGAAAUUUAUAUCAAAUUAAUCAAAUUUUAUCUCAUCGACCAUUAAUUAUUCGUGAUAGUCCAAUACGUGUUCAUAUUCAUANAUUUGUACAAGAAGAUUUGCAGCUUUUCAUUUUUAUAAUCGAGAACUUAUUCAACUCUAGGAAAUCAUAA